GCGGGGCCUGAUGCGCCGCCAUUCCCCGGCGCGCGUUCCCGUUUCCCGCGGGAUCGCGCCUCCCGCUCCCCCCGUCCCUCCCUCGGGCAUCGCUCCCGGUUCCAGGCUCGCCCAUGGACGCAUUCGUGGUUAAACUGCCCCGCGGGCAGGCGGGGGAUGGCGGCAGCGCUGGGGGGAAGAGGCCGCGGCUGGAGGGGCCCGGCCCGGAGCGGCCGCCGCCGCGGGAGAUCCGCGCCGAGGGGCUCAGCUGUGAUUAUCGCAUCCUCUUCAGCAAGGCUGAGGCGGACGAGAUCUUCCAGGAGCUGGAGAAGGAGGUGGAGUAUUUCGAAGAUGAAAUGACCAAACUGCAAGUGUUUGGCACGUGGCACAAGAUUCCCAGGAAGAAGGUGACCUAUGGAGACCCUGGCUUGUCCUACACUUACUCAGGGGUCACGUUCCACCCUAAGCCGUGGAUCCCGGUGCUGACCCGGAUCCGGGAGCGCGUCACCUCGGAGACAGGGCACACCUUUAACUUCGUCCUCAUCAACAGGUACAAAGAUGGCCUGGAUCACAUCGGGGAGCACCGUGACGACGAGAAGGAGCUGGUUCCGCGCAGCCCCAUCGCCUCCGUGUCCUUCGGCGCCUGCCGCGAUUUCGUGUUCCGGCGCCGGGAGCGCCGCGGGAAGGGAGGGAUGGUGGGCACAGGGAGGAUCACCCUGCAGCUGGCCCACGGCAGCCUGCUCCUCAAACACCCCACCAACCUGCACUGGUACCACAGCCUGCCCCCACGCAGGAGGGUGCUGGCCCCCAGGGUCAACCUCACCUUCAGGAAAGUCCUGCCCAGCGCCAAGCAGGGAGAUGUUCACUCAUCUUUGGGAUCUGCGAAAUGAAGUUUUAGUUCUGCUGUGGUGAUCCAAGGGACUGGAGGAGCAAAUGGACAUGAGAGGUUUGAUAAUUUUGCUGUCAGUGGCAAGGUUUGUUCCCUCUGGGAGAUGUUGCUCUUUCGCUGAUUGCUGCCCUUGUUCUGCUCAGGAAGUUUGUUCUCAGCUGAUCUUUGUCUAAGCAGCGUUCCUAGAAGGUGAAAAUGCUCCACAGCCUGCAGGCAGCAGUUUAUAAAAACACUGGAGCCACAAGCUGUGGUGGUUUAAAGCUGACACUGUGCAGGUGAUACUUUCUGUCAAUGAGCUCUGGUUUGCUUGGGGUUAUUUUAAUUAAAAUAAAGCAAAAAUGAGCCUGACAUGGAGAAGGGAAGUGCUGAGGUGAGCACAGGGACUGUGAUUCCUGUCUCUGCUGUUCCACCUCCUCUGCUCCUGGGGGAGGUUGCUCUCGCAGGAGGAAGCACAAGACUUUUCCUCCAUCAGGUCCUUUGUAUAAACAACCCCUUGUGGGGAAGAACUGGAUUGUCCCAUUUCCAGUGGAAAGCUGUCACUGUCAGAGUGUAUUUUCCUAAAUAAUUAUCCCUGGGGAUCCCAUCCUGACUCCCUGAAAGCCAUCACCUCCCACACCCACAGGGAAUCCUGCUGAAAAUGAGGGAAUUCUGCCCAGUCCCCAAGAGAUCUUGAGGCAUCAAGGAAUGGGAAUUCUCAUCUGUAUUAGCCACUGGAAUUAGUGCUGGCCUUCAGUGGUGGGUCCAUAAUUCCUAUGGAAUUAAAGUCUGUGCAGACAAGUGGGAGUUUGUUCUUCCCAUCUUCUGCCACCCUGAGAUGCUCUGUGGAGCCUGAAGAGCUCCUGCAGAAAAUCUUUCUUAUCCAGGGCUUGUGUUGUUUCAACCCUUUGGCUCCCAGCUUGGUGUUUGUUUCAAGACAUUCCCACACAGAUUUUUCUACCAAGUUUGUUCUUUUAUUGCUACUGUACAGUUACAAAAAUACCCUGAAGUGGAAAAAAAGCAACUUCCAACAGCAGUGCAGUGCUUGGACUGGAACAGACAUUUUUAAAUUAACACACAAAAUAAACACAAGAAUAAUCCAAACACA